AUACAAGUAAUGUGACUCUCAUCCAGUCCUCUACGGUUACCAGUGGAUGAUUGUCCUCGACUAUAAAAUCUCCUUAUAGACACAGAAUUAGGACAGGGAUUACAUGAAUUAAGUUUGGACAAACUGCAUUUACAGGUCGAAGAACAUGAGUAAACAAGACUCCAUAGCAUCCUGUUUGGCCAAAAUCUAUGAAAGCAAAUUGGAAUCUUCUAAAGGGCCUGUAAACAUUGUGAACAAAUCUCCAGCAGGGGUCAACAGUAUGGACAAAAAGCUAAACCUUCUCAAUGAAAAAGUGGAUAAGCUGUUAAACUUCCAAGAAGAUGUACUGGGAAGAUUAGAAACGGUCUAUCAUGGGAUGGAUGUUCUGGAAAGAGGAAUGGAUAAAUUAUCGUUGUUUCAUCAAACGAGUUACCCGCUAGGACUUGAAACAGAGAUGGACACCAAGGAAGACAGACAGCAGAUAAGAGAGGACAGCCACUGCUCGGAUUUGAUAUGGCUGCUGAAAAGGAUACACAACGAUUCCUUGGUCCAUAGGGAGAAGCUGGACAGCCUUGAGAAAAUGGUCUCCACAAUGGACAAAGUGGUGGAAUUUGUGGGAAAUACAUUAAGAAAUUCUAAAAUCUUGGAUUUCAUUUUGAAGGGUGCAGUACCUUGGAGAAAGGAGACUCUUGUAGAGGCGAAAGACAGUACUGGCGAGAGAGAGGCAAAAACCAAGCAUGUGCUUGUCCAUAAAGUGCCUGCUGGAGAUGCCACAAAGCCCAAUGCUUUAAAAGACAAAGAAAGGAGUCAGAAGACAGACCAGUGUGGGAGGCUUCAAACCAAAGUGGAGUCCAGAGAUCGAGGGUCAGCACGAGAAGCGUCCAAACUUGGCUCGGAAACGGAUGUGUUGAAUGUGGUAACAGAAAGGUCUGCAGAAAAAGGUACAUGUUCUGCUCCAAGAGACCAGCAUGGACAGGCAGUUUCCAACCAAGCCACAGAUCAAAGCACAAGGCAAGAGGAACAAUGUAUACAAGGUGCAGUAUCUGAAGAAAGUUGGAGCCCUGCAUUCAGCCAUGAUCCCAGGUCCCUGACAUCUCCAGAACCCCAGUCAGCUGGGCCAGUGCAGCUAGUAAGCGACAGUACUUGUACACAGAUUCCCAUCUCUGAAAUGACUCAGCCGAGUCCGGGUAGCAAUACUGAAGACUGCUCAACAUUAGGAAAGCCACACGACAACAGUAAAGCCAAAUCAAUCCUUCAGAAAACAGACAAUAUCAUAACUGAGGAAAAAUUACCAUCCCAGACAUUAACAACAAGUAAGGUCCAGGCAUCGACCAUCAAAAAAACAAAACGCGGCAAGAGCAAAGAGAGUUCUGAAAAGAUGCCAUCUACACAACAGACAACUAGUGAUACUGGCUGGAGAGAAAAAGACAACAUGAAACAUGUCCACAUUGAAGAUCAAAGUCCAACCCAAGAUGUGAACGAAGUAAUGAAAAUAAAGAAAGCAGAAUUGGUGGACAAAGAACCAGGCACAACCCAAGCAGAAGGAUGCACAUUACCGACUCUGUCAGUAGAAGCCCCAUCUUUACAUGUCAUUGAUGAUGGUCCUCCACCUCCAGCACCUUUCAACCACCGUAUAGUUAGCCUCAAACAAGCCAUCCUGACAUCUUGUUACACAGUGUGCCAGCAUGAAGUCUUAGGAGGGGGGCGCUUUGGUCAAGUUCACAAGUGUGUAGAAAUUACAACUGGCCUUCGGCUUGCAGCCAAAAUCGUCAAGGUCAAAGGAUCUAAAGACAGGGAUGAAGUAAAAAAUGAAAUAAAUGUCAUGAACCAGCUCAAUCAUGUGAAUCUGAUACAACUGUAUGAUGCAUUUGAGUGCAAGAAUGACUUGACCUUGAUAAUGGAAUAUCUUGAUGGUGGAGAAUUAUUUGACCGUAUUACAGAUGAAAACUACAAUCUAACAGAGCUGGAUGCCAUAAUGUUCACAAAGCAGAUUUGUGAAGGAGUAUACUAUCUACACCAACAGUAUAUUCUACACUUGGACCUAAAGCCAGAAAAUAUUCUGUGCGUCAGCCGUACUGGAAAUCAAAUCAAAAUUAUUGACUUUGGUUUAGCGAGAAGGUACAAGCCGCGGGAGAAGCUAAGGGUGAAUUUUGGGACGCCGGAGUUUUUGGCCCCUGAAGUUGUGAACUAUGACUUUGUGUCCUUCCCGACAGACAUGUGGAGCGUGGGAGUGAUCACCUACAUGCUACUCAGUGGUUUAUCCCCAUUUUUGGGCGAAAGUGAUGCAGAAACUAUGAAUUAUAUCGUCAACUGCAACUGGGACUUUGACUCGGAAAUGUUUGAGCAAGUAUCAGACGAGUCAAAAGAUUUUAUAUCCAGACUUUUGUUAAAAGAAAAGAGCUGCCGUCUAAGUGCUGCCCAGUGUCUGAAACAUGAGUGGUUAGUGAGUUUACCUUCAAAAGCUAAAAAAUAUAAAGUCCGUCUGAAGUCCCAACUCCUGCUCCAGAGGUACCUGGCACAGAAGAAAUGGAAAAAACAUUUUUAUGUGGUGGCAGCAGCCAAUCGUCUCAAGAAGUUCCAGCUUCUGUCCCUCAAACCAUCAUAGACAACACCCCUGACUGGAUAUCUAUAGAAAGUUGAGCUUGUCAAUGCUCUGAACUCUGCUCUUAGAAUGGUCUGCACUGCAUUACCUGGAGUGAAAGUGCAGACCACUAUCAGAUCUGGAAUUAUUUUCAAAGUUUUAUGUACAUACAAUCUAGACUUAUCCCCUUAGAGUAUAUUUUCUCAACCACCACAUCAU